AAUCGAACCAGUUCAGGAUGUUCACCAAGGCACUUCUCUUGCUAAUGGCAGCUAAUGUCCUUUCGGCAGGACACAUUGGCCAUCCUGAAAAUCGUAUCAUUGGAGGAAGUAAUACAGCUAUCGAAACAGCUCCUUGGCAGGUUUUUUUAAAAAGACAUGAAAUAUCAAUUACAUACAUAUGUGGCGGAUCACUAAUAAGAUCCGACAUUGUGUUAACCGCCGCUCAUUGUGUAGUUCCUAAGGGACAAGUUAUCGAAUUUUCUGUUCGAGUUGGUUCUUCAAACAGAGAAGAAGGAGGACAACUUUUCGCCGUUGCGAAUAUUAUAGUACACCAGGAUUAUAAUAUUCGCACUAAGCUCAACGACAUUGCCGUGUUGAGAAUUACAAAUCCCGUUAAAAUUGGUCCUUCAGCUCAAACUAUUGCACUGGCUACGUACGCACCUCCUGCUGGAGCCCAGGCCUUGAUCACCGGAUGGGGCCUUAUCUCGCCUUAUGUGCAAGAGGCUCCUAUCAUAUUGCAAGGAAUCAAUGUUACCAUUUUGUCCCCAUAUGAGUGCUCCACAUUUCCAUGGAUUAACGAGAAAAUCAUAUGCGCCGGAUCAAAAGGAAACACAGCAUGCGUUGGAGAUUCCGGAGGAGCUUUGGUUGUAAAUAACCAGGUGGUAGGUGUGGUUUCUUUUGGACUUGAAACAUGUGAUACGCGAACAGUCUUUGUCAACGUUCCCUUCUACCACAAAUGGAUUUUAGAUGCAGUUGCGAAGUUAUAUUUAUAA